CUCCGAAGGCCACUCGACUCCAUGCCUCCCCUCCCCGCCGCGGCCAUGGCCACCGCGACGCUGCCCCUCCGCCUCCUCCCCUCCAAAACGCUGACCCUCUCCACUCUCGCCUCCGCGCGCCGCUCCCUCUCCGUCGCCGCCGUGGAGCCCCGGCGCUGGCGCCUCCGAGCGGCCGCUGAGGAGGCGCCUGAGGCCGUGGAGGUUGAGUUCGUGGAGGCCGAGGAGGAACCCGCGGUACCGGAGCCCGUCGAGGCGCAGCUCGCCGCCGCGGGGGCCGGGAAGGACGCCGACAUCUUCGCUGUUGUCAUGAUUGGUUCAAGACAAUACAUUGUGAUGCCGGGCAGGUACAUAUACACACAGAGGCUGAAAGGCGCCAAUGUCAAUGAUCAGAUCAUAUUAAACAAGGUGCUACUGGUGUCAACUAGAGAAAAAGCUUACAUUGGCAUGCCAGUGGUGACCAAUGCUGCUGUUCAUGCAGUGGUUGAAGAACAGGGACGGGAUGAUAAAGUUAUAGUCUUCAAGUACAAGAAGAAGAAGAAAUACCAGAGGAAACUUGGUCAUAGACAGCCAAACACAAGGUUAAGAAUCACAGGAAUAAGUGGAUAUGAAGAGUACCCUGCUGAUCCAAUACUUGACCCUGCUGCAGCUUAAGCUAAAUUGUAAGUUAUGUAGUUACAAAAACGGCUGGUAGUACAGUAGCAUGCAAAAUUUUGUUCUUCUUUUUUACUUUUCUUUGGUCGGGAAGGAACACUUUUCAGCAAAAUGUACCUUGUUUUUGUGUUCCAAAUGCUGCCAGUCAACCAGUGGUUCCAUCCUCCAUUUGUUCCAUCUGCUAGUUCUUUUUCAAAUUGUGUAUGCUAGCCUAUUGUAUUACACGACCGCUCCUAAAGAAGAGAUUUCUUUUUACUACAAGUUGGACAUUUUAGCCUU